CCGCAAACCAAGCUUCACCCGCACUCCAACCCCAAGCUACGAGUUCAGGUUUGCUGUGCAGUAAACCAGCGCCUACACCAGCGCUCCCACGACCCACAUUACAACCAUCUCACCUCUUCAUCCCACCCAUAAUCCAAACUCGACAGACAGACAGACACAACACCCCCGAAAUGUCCGAACCCAACUCCUCCGACCCCCCACCAGGCUCAGUAAACAUUGCCUCCCUGAGCGUCCCCCAACUCCGCGCCCUACAGACCCGCCUCUCCUCGGAACUCGAGCACCUGACGACCUCGCACGCGAAGCUGCGCGCCGCCCAGCUGAAGUUCCGGGACUGCGUGCGCUCCAUCAACGAGGGGGUGGUCGGGUCGGCCAAGAAGGGCACCGCGGGGGGCCCGGACCAGGAGAUUCUGGUGCCGCUGACGAGCUCGCUGUACGUGCGCGGCAGACUGGCGGAUCGGGAGAAGGUGCUCGUUGAUGUCGGGACGGGGUUUUAUGUUGAGAAGACUGCUCCCAAAGCCAUCGAGUUCUACGAGAAUAAGGUCAAGGAUCUGGAGACCAACCUCACCGAGUUGGAGAAGAUUGUACAGACUAAGAGUCAGCAGCAGAGGCUCUUUGAAGAUGCUUUGAGACAGAAAUUGCUGGCCGAAGGGGCUGCAUCCUCCGCUUCCGCUACCGCCGGUGCAGGUUAGUUGAUAUGCCACUUGAAUUAGGUACAGAAACAAAGCAAAGAACAAAAAAAACAGGCAUUAAUCGAUCCUCUUGCC